UUGAUCAAAAAUGUUUUUGCAGGUGAACACAUUUUGGUAACUGGACAAGUGAAGAAUAAUCACAGUACAAGUGUACUAAAACACGUUUCGAUUGAAUUACGUCAAAAAGUUCAUUAUACAAGUGGAGAGGCGAAGCGAACUGAUAAUCGUCUAAUAACUCGUCUGGUUUGCGGUUCAGUUGCACCAACCGAUACUCUUACACUUCAUCAUUCUAUUCAAGUACCACAUGAUUGCUAUCCAUCGUUGGAACGACAUAACAUCAGCAUACAGGUCAGCUAUGAGCUGCUGCUUACCUCACUUGGUAACUUUACUGUGGAUACGCCAAUAAUGAUCGGUACACGCGUUGGAUGCCCUUCACCUUUGAGUAUAACAUCUGGCGAGAAGAGCAGCAUCUAUUAUUGUGUCCCACCUACUGAAUACAGUACCGGC